AUGCUGUCUGGAAAGAGGAAGCAAGGAUUUUCGGGCCUUCAGCGCCGCGUAAAGCCUCGCAGAGAAGCGGAACCCGAAGUCGAUGAGCAAAUCAGCAGUGAGCCUGAGGAGAUGGGAAUAGAUGGAGAUGAGUUGAGUGAGGACGAAGAGGAUGAGAACAUGGAUGAGGAUGAUGAAGAGUCUGAUGCCUCACCACCGCCAAAGAAGUCCAACAUCGACAUCUCAUCAGUGUCCUUUGGCGCCCUCGCAAAAGCCCAAGCCUCCAUGCCCUCAGCCAAACGUCGCAAGCGCGGCGCAUCACCUUCAGAAGACUCAGACUCAGACUCAGACUCAGGCCCGGAAGAAGUCGGCAGAAAAUCCAAGCAUGGCGCCGACCACGUCAAGCGCUCGAGCAAGCACGCCCCGAUGGAGCAGUCCAGCAAGAAGCCCGUCUCCCGCCGGCGCGAAAUCAUCGCCGUGCCCAAGAUGGAGGUGCGCGAUCCGCGCUUCGACCCGAUGAGCGGGCCCGUCGACGAGUCCAAGGCCCGGAGGGCGUACGCCUUCUUGGACGACUACCGCAAGGACGAGAUGAAGCAGCUGCGGGCCGAAAUCAAGAAGACCAAGGACGCGGACAAGAAGGAGGAGAUUAAGAGGAUGCUGCUGUCGAUGGAGAGCAAGAUGAAGGCGCGGGAGCGCAAGCAGCGGGCAGACGACGUCAUUCAGGAGCACAAGCGCAAGGAGAAGGAGCUCGUAAAGGAGGGCAAGCAGCCGUUCUACCUCAAGAAGUCAGAGCAGAAGAAGAGGUUCUUGAUGGACCAGUUUGCGGGCAUGAAGAAGAAGCAGGUCGACCGUACAAUUGAGCGGAAGAGGAAGAAGGUUGUCGGGAGGGAGCGGAAGGAGCUUGACAAGAUGCAGAGGAGACCUAGGGAAUGA